CAAUUUGCAAGAAAUGUCGUUUCACCUUCAAACAAUAACAAUUUGCUGCAUAUUUGUAUGUUUGAUGUGCUUGCAAGAAGGACAGACACAGCAAUUCAACGUUUAUCACAGAAGAGAUACAGAGCCUAAAAUGGAUGAAGGCGAUCCAACGAAAGGUUUAAGUGAUGCUGAAAUCGAUAUGGCGCUGGACGACCUAUCGCUAGCAGAUUUGAAGAUGUUAAGUCAGCUGAUAGACAAGCCAGAUGCGCCCGAUUAUGAUUAUGUCGAUUAUGACAGCCGAAACUAUGCCUUGGGCCCACCACGUGACCGCACCUUCGAUGAUAACCCCAUUGAUGAUGAGAUUAACAAAAAUUACUACGACGAUAUCGAUGAACCACAAAGAGAUACGCGCAAUUUGAUGCAUUUCAAGAUACCACGACAAAAUUUAUUACCCUUCAUGGAGCAAACAGAGAAUCAACGCACAAAACGCGAAAAUGGACAUGAAAUAAAACAGGCUACGGUGGAUGCCGAAUACAUACGUCAGUUGGAGAACUCUUUUCCGCGUGAUCAAGAGCAAAAUAAUGAGGAGGGCGGCGAAAAAAAGGAGCACAUACGCGUAAAACGCAAUUGAGUACCCACUCACACACACACACGAGACCCAAGAGAUUAAA